GCCCUCACGCCUGGAACUAUUUUUCAUCAGCGACAAUGGAAAAUAUCGAAAAUAACGAACUGAACGACGAUGUCCUUAUGACCAACGAUGCGCCUGCGACGAGGGAUGACGAUGACCAAUGGUCAGGUGGCACUAUAUUUGAUAUCGAGCGCCUUCUGAGCACUGUUACUAUCCCCGAAAAUGAUAGGGUCUUUAUAGGUGUCAAUGGUUACGAAAGUACGAAGCCUCCGAAACAACUCGCCUGCACACGAUGCCAUGCUCAGAAGCUUCGCUGUGUGCGCAAACAACAUGCGCGAAUUUGCGACCGCUGCCUAUCCGCGAAUCUUGAAUGCAUCGGCCGACAACCGCAACGUAUGGGAAGACCGGUGGAUCGUAACUCUCCGAGGGUUCGGUCUCAGCAGCAAUACCAAGAAGACAAUCGGCGAGACGUCAAUCGUAUCAUCAAGCCAUGUCCACCCGUAGCGCGACCGCAGCGGAAGAAUGGCAAUUCCAUACUAUCCGACAACUCCCUUGCGAUCCCCGACCACACUAGUGAUACUGCGCAAUUGACUACGAGGCUUGACGAACAGUUAUGGCGGAACACUCCACGAAAUGCUUCAGGCACGCAUUUCGGGACGUUAGACGGCAAUACACAAGGAAACGAUAAUAAUAACGUACCGAGCCCCGCACUAGCAAACGGAUACGUCAAUACUACUUCUCGUGCUGAUAUUUUAAUGGAUGAUCUUGGCCUCUCCGACCUAGAUGAUUUCCAAACGAGCGUGUUUCCCUUCGGUAACGGAGCCACUACCCCCAACCAGUACACAAGCUUGAAUACAAUUGAUACCGCAACCCUGCCUUCACCCCCAGAAGACCCGGUUGAACAACUUUCAAGAUUACAUCUCGAGCUUUACCAGUGUCUGACUUCGGUUAAAGCUAUAGAGAAAUCCAAAAGGGCAAAGAUUCGGAAUGAUCCCGACGUGGAUGGUGUGACUAUUGAUAGUAGCUGGUCCGAACGUUUGUUUUGGACGAUAGGAAACUUCAUUGAUGCUCUACGAAGUUACGUCGGAAACGACGCCGAAACGGGCGACCAGAGCAAUAAUGAACAGACAACGAAUUCCACGAAAGAAGGGCAAGACACCAGUAAUGACCCACAAAUCGACAUGGCAACGACGCUUAUGGUAGUGAGUUGCUAUACAAGGCUUCUCCAGAUCUUCGAAGUCGUCGUCUUCAUAGUUGAGACCUUCCGAGUGAUGGAUUGUCCGGGCAGCUAUGUGCAGAUCAGGUUUGGAAGUUUCAUUCCCCCAAAGAACAAAGAAUUACAUGCUCGGUUCCUAGGCCAAUAUGUCAUACACUUGAUAGAUAGUGUAUCGGAGGCAGUCGAUACAGCUGUGGCAUCGCGGCAACCCUACGCUCGGGCUAUUGCCGAAGUCCGAAAGCUCGAAAUUAGACUGAAGGAACGCAUUCUGACGAGCCUUUCCUAAGACCGAGUAGUGCAGCGAUGAAAUACAUAGUCCAGAGCCGAUUCAUCACUCUUAUGCAACGUUUGAUUUAUUCUUGGCCAGGAUUGGGGUCCUAAUAUAUGCGCAAAAGUGCACCUGUCUCUAUCCCACCGGUACAUAUCCGUAUUAUGUAAGCAUAUGAGAAGGGGCGUCGGAUCUUCUCCGACACUUUCCAUUUCGACGACGGACUACUACCCCAACCGGACAGCCCCUGAUUUCAACCCAGGCCGGCAUUGCUCACCAACGAUGCUGGCAGCAUGGAAGCCCCACUAACCCCAGGAAGGACAAUUCGGAUAUGUUGCAAUCC